GUGUGGGGCGGGGGCAAGUGUCAGUCAGGGCAGAGCGCGGCGCGGGCAGUGGAGACCCGCGGCAUACGGGCAUCCGGGCAGGAACGAGGCCUGCAGAGAUGGAGUUCCUGCUGGGGAAUCCGUUCAGCACCCCUGUAGGGCAGUGUCUUGAGAAGGCCACGGAUGGCUCCCUGCAGAGUGAGGACUGGACAUUGAAUAUGGAGAUCUGUGACAUCAUCAAUGAGACAGAGGAAGGGCCAAAAGAUGCCAUUCGAGCACUAAAGAAGCGGCUCAGCGGGAACCGGAACUACAGAGAAGUGAUGUUGGCCCUGACGGUGCUGGAGACUUGUGUGAAGAACUGUGGUCACCGCUUUCACCUCCUCGUGGCCAACCGAGACUUCAUCGACAGCGUUCUGGUCAAAAUUAUCUCUCCCAAGAAUAACCCUCCCACCAUCGUCCAGGACAAAGUGCUUGCUCUAAUUCAGGCGUGGGCAGAUGCCUUUAGGAGCAGUCCUGACCUCACUGGCGUUGUACACAUAUAUGAAGAACUGAAGAGAAAGGGAGUCGAAUUUCCCAUGGCAGACUUGGAUGCUUUGUCUCCUAUCCACACACCCCAGCGGAGUGUCCCAGAAAUGGAUCCAGCUGCCACCAUGCCCAGGUCCCAGUCGCAGCCCAGGACAAGUGCCGGCACCCAUUCCUCACCUCCUCCAGCUUCCUACUCCGCUCUGCAGGCCCCGGCUCUGAGUGUGACUGGCCCCAUCACAGCCAAUUCAGAACAGAUUGCUAGGCUGCGCAGUGAGUUGGACGUUGUUCGGGGAAACACAAAAGUCAUGUCUGAGAUGUUAACAGAAAUGGUCCCCGGGCAGGAGGAUUCUUCUGAUUUGGAACUUCUCCAGGAGCUGAACCGGACCUGCCGGGCCAUGCAGCACCGCAUAGUGGAGCUCAUCUCCCGAGUGUCUAAUGAGGAGGUCACCGAGGAGCUGCUGCAUGUCAACGAUGACCUCAACAACGUCUUCCUCCGCUACGAGAGGUUCGAGAGGUACAGGUCUGGCCGAUCUGUUCAGAAUGCCAGCAAUGGAGUACUCAGCGAAGUGACUGAAGACAACUUGAUAGACUUGGGCCCCGGCUCCCCUGCUGUGGUGAGCCCCAUGGUAGGGAGCACAGCACCCCCAUCUUCUCUCUCCUCCCAACUCGCAGGCUUGGACUUGGGGACAGAGAGUGUCAGUGGCACCCUCAGUUCACUUCAGCAGUGUAAGCCUCAUGAUGGUUUUGACAUGUUUGCCCAGACCAGAGGGAACUCCUUGGCUGAACAGCGGAAGACGGUCACCUACGAGGAUCCCCAGGCUGUUGGAGGACUUGCUUCUGCCCUAGACAAUCGGAAACAGAGCUCAGACAUGCAGAGAGGGAAAGGUGGGGACUGCGACCUGCAGCCCAUAGACUGCUGGCUCAUGACCCAAGGAAUGAUACCCGUUGCGCAGCCCUCUGUCAUGGACGACAUUGAGGUGUGGCUCAGGACAGACCUGAAGGGUGACGACCUGGAAGAGGGUGUCACAAGUGAAGAAUUUGAUAAGUUCCUGGAAGAGCGAGCCAAAGCUGCAGAAACAGUUCCAGACCUGCCCUCACCCCCCACAGAGGCCCCUGCACCAGCCUCAAAUACUUCCAACCGGAAGAAGCCAGAGCGGUCUGAGGAUGCACUCUUUGCCCUGUGAGCUGUCCUGUGGUUUGCCUCCCCGUGGCAGGUCACUGCUGACUCUCCUAGUGGACACUGGGCACUGGCCACUCCCCAGCCCCUCAGCCUGCACACCUGUAUCUCCAUGGAAAUGCCACUGUUUGCUCCCAGGCCUCCCUGGUCAGGGUGUGCUUUGCCACCUCUUCCCUGGCUGGCAACAGUGCUGACCAGAGGGCCUGUCCUCCCUCACCCUAAGGGCUCUCUUGGUCUUGGGUCUUACUAGGAAGAAGCAGCGGUCCAGCCCCAGGCAGGGUAGCCCCUUGAUACUUUCUGAGCAGAGCUCCUGAACUGAGCCUCUCACCACCCCUUCCAUCUAGCUCCAUGGCUUCCUUAAGUGAGACAUUCUGUUCCUGGGAUUCCCUUCCUCCAUCAAGGACUCCGGGAAAGCAGGGCUCAAGUAUUUGUAACCACAGGCUUAGUCUCUCUCCUUAGACUGUGGCACUAGUGUGUCUGCACUUGAGUGGGUUCUGUGGGCUGCUACCUUGAUGAUCCCUCAUGUCCCUGGCCCUCUCUCCAUCAGUUAACCGCCAGCCUGGAACCAAGAUGGGGACCUGUGGCUCUUGGUGUGAGGACGGCCCAGGGUGGUAGAGGUCUGAGGAUGGUAGACAGUGCACUCCAUGCACACUGUGCACACUCACACACGCAUCGGCCCUGAUGCCUACAGAGGGUUGUUUGCUAAAGCAACAUGACUUUAAUGUAGUCCCUGACUAGGCUUCGACUUCAACAACUUCCACAUAGCUACCUCCCGGCCCAGCAGCAGGUAUCUGUGUGCUGUGCCUGGAGGUUCCAGAUGACCAGGAGCUACAUUAGGCUGGAGCCAUACUCUUCCCUUCCCAGAUAUGGCCUCAGCCUUCAUGGCUGUCCCCACUUGACAUGUCCCCCUGCCACCAGUUUUAGCCUGAAGCCUGAUAGUCUGGGUCUGAGUAAGCGAGAGCUGGUGAUACCUACUCCUGCCCUUGUCUUGACUGGUUUGUCUCCUGGCUCUGAGCAGAUGACCCAGUGCUCCCUGGUCUAGCUGCUGUUACCCAGAAAAAGGAAAAUGCUACUGCAGCUAUAUUACUAAGCAUUGGGCAGGUCACCACAUCCCCACGCAAUGUGUGGUCAGCCUUUCCCGCUGUUAGGAUGACCCAGUGCUACACCUGUCACCACCUGAGCACCAACCCCAGAAAGGGGGAGGGCUGGAUUCCAUUUGCAGUGGGACCAGUGCACAGGUUCUGGGCCCCUCUUAGGAUGGGGCCACAGCUCUGGUUGAGAACAGAAACUGCCUAUCCCAGGACCCCACGCCAAACCCAGCACCUCUCCUUCAGCAGUCUCCAGAAGGUCUGGUUAGGACUCAUCUGGUAGGACCUGUGGAGAAUAUCAUGCUGACCUGCUAACUGCCCAGCCCUCUCUGAACACCUACCAUACCUCCACACUCCACCCAGGACCCUUGGCCAAGAAGAGCUUCUCUAUUUCUCAAGGGCAGAGCCCUCUAAGGCUAGCCUGGCUGUUAAGGCCUCUGAAGGCUUAUCACACCAGAGGAGGCUUGGGAGCCCAGUAUACCUGGAAGCUUGGCCUUGGGCACAGUUUAGAAGGGUUGUCUGUGAGGAUCAGCUAUGCACAGUCUAAAGAGCUGGGCUGGUGGGUAGUAGGCAGUCAGGCCAGCAUCUCUGAAUUAAGAGGCUGCCCCCUGCUUGUGGAUCAUGUAGAGAGGAAGAUGGGCCUCCAUCAGUGAGAGAGACUGAUGUGGGAGCCAACACUGAGGGUUCCCAACAAGGCUGUUUCUAGUACCAAUGUCUAGAGCUGUCUCAUCUUCCCGACUGCAGCUGCUGAGUGUGGCUUAGAGUAGCCCAUCUGCCCUGGGGGCAGCAGGUACUCAAGGAAAUCCUGUAGGCUGUCAAGAGGCCACCUUUCUGGCCUGGCCCAGCCCCACUGGUGGUUUGGUUUAUAUUCUUUACAUCUUGUCUAGGGAUAGCCUGCCCUAUCCGUGGGUGAAUGACGUGUGCCUGAGGCCUUUAUAAGAAGCAGGCUUGGGCCUGGGGGGUGUCCUGAAAGGGGUUCAACUCAGUGAACUGUCCUGUCUUGAGCCCUCUGGUUUCCCACCAUCUGUGGGCAAAGUCCUUAGAGCUGGGCCCUCUUAAGCCAGCAGCCUCCACAAGUGUUGGAAAUCACAGCUAGAGUGUGUACUUAAUUACACUAAAUUAUUGCCGGGACUCAUAAGCACUAAUUACACCUGAUUAUAGGUUAAAAUAUUUAUUUUGUCAAAAUAUUUUCUUGAGGAUGUGUUUAACCUUUUCUUGUUCAUUGUGUGCUGAAGUGUGAAGACUGCUUCUUCCUACCUUUUUGGCCAUCAUGUGCAGUGAAGGAAAGUUACCAGGUGUAUUUUGACCCUGUAAGCCUGCCAUAGAGUGACCUCUGUCCAGGUACCAAGAAGGCAGGCUGGAGUUGGGCCGAGACUGAUCAACUCAUUUGUCUGUGUGUGGGACAUGGGGUUUCAGAGCCAAAAGGGCUUCUUGGUAGCUGUGGCCAGAGCUGGCUUCCAUUUUUCCUGUCAGCCCCUCAGUGUGAGUGACUGUGCCUUGACUCACUGCCCUUGUCCUCCUCACCUGGCCCAUGCUGUCACCCACAGCACUGCUCACCCGGGAAAGUGGUGGCCAAACCCUAGGUGGCCUGGUGGCAGUGAGUUCCUUUGCUCCAACCCAAGACUUUCCUACCCACUGGCUGAUGGUCUCCGAUGGCUGGGGUAGACCACGGGCACUCUAGGGGCCAGGUCAGCCCUAGGUAGCUGGGAGAGCAGCAGGAGAGCCUGGUCAGUGCACAGCCUCCUUAUUGUCUGCUGUUGUGAUGACUGGGGUCUCCCUGUGUGCUCAGUCACUUGGUACCCACUUAGCCAAGUGCCCAUCUCCAGCCCUUCUUGUUCAUGGAGGUCUAGGCUAGGUUUCCCCUAGUCCCCAAGAACAGCUGUCAACCCUGUGUUCUGCCUGAUCCUGCCAUACUCACACCCCAGGCUCUCUGGGAGAGCAGGGGUAGUGUUUCUUCCUAAAGUUUGCACUUCAUUCAUGAGGAUCUGAGGAUCCUUGGGGCUGCUGGAAUGACGGUAUUGAGUUUGUUAUGCUGUUGUCUUACAAGUCGGACUCUUGUCACUGUCCUGUGUUUCUGUGGGUAGAGCUGGUUCUGGAGGGUGGCUCAGCGUGACAACUAGUGUGUCCCCCCACCCCACUGGCUCUGCUUCCAAAUACUGUCUCUCUAAUUUGUGUUUUUGCAUGUAAAGUACGCCACAAUAAAUAGUUGAACCAGCAA